AUGACGGCUCAUUCGGAUGACCCGAAUGACCUUGAAAGUCGUCUUGAUUAUGACGAGUCUGACGACUUAGAUAUGCUCGAACAAGCAAACAAAGACCCUGAGCAUGAUAGGGCAGAUUUAAACAGCGUUAUUGUCCAUUUUAGUGGCCGAAGUUAACGCCAAGGCGAAAAACGAGCUAACACCGUAGUGUCACGGCUUCGGCCAGCUCGAGCAAACGUCAGAAAUAUGACUCGAAUGAUACACAACCUCAAGUAGGCUUUAUACAAGAUAUAGCUGCAGAGACAGCAACUACAAAUGCUUCAGAGGAAGCAACUAACAAUGCUUCAGAGGAAGCAACAAAUUCGGUCUCAGAGUCAGACAAUGAGCAACACACAAGUGAGCAAAAUGACGACAGGUUAAGUGUACAUGGGGAUGAGCAUGACCCUGAUCUUGCCGGGUCAAUGAGUGAGGAUGAAGACAAUACCAGUCUUCUGACAAAAAUAGGUGAAUCACUCUGUCCCACUGAGGAUCAUGGGCCACAGGUUAUUGAAAAACUUUCACAACUAGUGAAUACUAAGUUUGUGAUGGAUCUUGACCUUGAAAAAAGGAAACAACUUUCUGAAAAGUACAAAACACCCGAAAAUUGUGAGGCACUUUAUGCGCCACGUGUUAACCCGGAGAUAUGGGGAAAAUUAAACCCAACAACUAAGCAGCGAGACAUAAAGAUGUCAACCUUACAAGACCUCUUACUUAGAGUGUCAAAUGCUGUAAUUAUCUCAUUGAACACACUUUUAGACUGUCGAGAGAAACGAUCAAUUCCUGAUUACAAAUCUGUUAUGUCUAACUUGAUCGACUGCAUUGCUCUUAUUGGGCAUGUUCAUAAAGAACUUUCGUUCAAACGAAGAGACCAAGAUCAGACCAAGUCUGACAAAUGA